AAAAAGUAUAAAUACUAGCGUUUCAACAACUUUCCAUUUUCUCUUCUUUCUGGUUAUCACCUCACGUUCACGUCUCUCUCUUGCCUCACCUGCAGUCGUUGACAAUUAAAUUUACACCCAACCCAACCUAAACACCCUCCAAAAAUGCACGGAUCAAGCUGCCCCAAGUGCGGAGCCGCCUCGGACGGUUCUUCCAAGUCGUGCGGUUCCUGCGGUGCUUCCUGCCCCAACUAGGACAAGCAAUCCGGCAUAUAUCAAGACGGGAGGCAAUAACAACAAACAACAACAACAAACAAGGUCACCACCAUGAGAUGAGCUGAGCUGAGUCCCGAUCACUCCGGGGCGGGGACCCGUCUUAUGCUUCCCUUACGGAUGGCGAGACUGGAGUGGAGUGGAGUCUUUCUUGUGUGGGAUGUACCUAGGUACAUACCUACCUAUCUACCUAUCUGAUAUUGAUACUUUGAUACUUGGGAGCGAACAAGAAAAAAGACAAGACAAGACAAGACAAGACAAGACAAGGCAGCAAGCAGCCCUCUGUCCUGGGAGGAAGAAAAGCAAGGGAGAAAGCGAGCGACGGACUUUUGUUUACGUCGUUCGGUUGGUUGGUUAACUUGACUUGACUUGACUUGGCUUGACUUGACUACCUUACCUUGCUUGCCUACCCGAGGGUAGAGCUAGAUUACAACCAAAUAUUUAACCUCCUGCGUUGAGUAGGUUGUCAAGGAACUGAAGAACUGAAAGGAACUGAUAGCGGGGAGCGUAUAUAUACAUACGUUAGAAAGUGUUACGUGUGCCCACCUUUCCUUCCCUCUGUUGGCUAUAAUGAAGAAGU